GCCGUCUUGCUCAAUUACGUUGCCUCGGCCAACCUUGACCCGCCUUAUCCAGUCUCGCACACACAUUGCCGUCACACUACCGUCUUGGACUCUCAACCCGAGCCUGAAGAGUCCUGUCAAAAUCCAAAGCCUCCGCCCAGGCGCACCCGAACCCCCAUGGCGGAUUCAAACUACGGCACUCCUCUUCAUUACCAUUACUCCAUGCCGAAUCCGCCGAAUCCUCAACCCCAGGACCAGGAAACCUCAGCGCACCCCCUCUUUCCGCCCUUUGCCCACUACAACUCCUACGUAGCUUAUGAAACCUCUGCCUUCCCACACUUCCCUCACCCAAACCACCACGGCGUGCAAAUGUCGGACCCUAUGCAAGGUCACGACAUGCCAUUUGGGUACCUCAACCAGAGCAGAGUCUCUCACUACCAGCAAUUCGCCCAAGCAGCUCACCACACGGGUGGAUAUAUGCUCCCAUCAGCGGGCAUGUUCCAGAAUGGACCCGGCCAACCUCCAAACGCAAAUGUUUUUCAUGGCCAGCAGAUGCAGGGUAGUCAACAUCCAGAUAUGUCCGAAGCCCAACCUGAUCUCGAUAUGCCACCCCUAAUUCAGCCGGCGAACGGCGGCAUGUUUUUCCCGAGCCUUGCCUAUCCUUCCCAUGUUCCACCGCCUUCAAUGUCUAGCUUCAGUUCAUUCUCCGGCCGACGGUCGGACCAGAUGCAACCAGCUCCUUCAACCCCGCCCUCUGGCCGUUUCGAUGGCAACAAUGUGCCACCUACCCCUCAAGGUCGGGGCUCCAUCAGGGGCGUUAAUUCCGAGCUUCUUGACCCGCCGCGUCUACUUACGUCGCCAAACCGGAGACCAUCCUACGAGCGGCAAUCUCAGCAUUCCCUUCAGGUACCUAGCCGACCAGACCGCCGCCCGCUGCCAUUUGCCAGUGCAGACAGUCGUCGCUCUGACCGUAGUGUUUCCCCGCGGACAUCCCACAGGCGAUCGUUCGAUAGGUAUGCUAAUGAUUUACAUCACACCAGCAGCCCCUCUGAGGUUGACCAGGCUGCCUCCCGAGCUCGAUUGGCUCAGAGGCGCCGGACACAAGCACCCGCAAGCCGAGAUAUUCGACGAAGCCAUUUCGUCGAUGGCAACACUCCCACGGCCGGCCAGAUGCAGGAGCUCCGAGACAAGCUCAGGCACUUCCUGCCGAGCGAGCUUCCAGGAGACUCAUCUCCCACUUGUGACAUUUGCCAGAAGGAUUACUCAAAGAAGCACGUGCAGCCGAGCGAAGAGGAGGAAGUUGCUAUCCAGCUUCCCUGCAAGCACGUCUUUGGCGAGCAUUGCAUCAAUACGUGGUUCGAAACGUGCAAGACGCAUAAGAACAAGAUCACAUGCCCCAUGUGCCGGGAGCUUUUGAUUAAACCAAUGCGAUUCACGUCGCCGGCAUUUGCAGCCACCUUGUCUCCAGAGGCAUUGAACUUCCUCCGCAAUACCAUGGACCAGGGGGGAUUCGGCCGGGAAGAGCACCGCCUCAUAGAGCAGCUGGCGAGGGUGAGGGAGCUGGAUGGGGAUUUCGCGCACAUCUGAGGGGCAGCUGUGGGAACCUCCACCGAGCGCUACAGAAUGGACCGACUUCUUUUGAAUCAAUAAUUUACAUAGGCAUGGAAGAGGAACUAGAGUUGCGGGGACAGAACGCGAGGCAACGGAGUUUUGGGUCCGCAGACGCCCUAAUACCCAGCAAUUCCUCGUUUCUUCACGUCCAACGGCAGGGGUUCAGGCG